AACUAUCACUUUUUACGAUGCUAAGGUGCUCCUAGCAUCCAAUUAUUAUUUCAUUUAGUUAUAUGAUGUAUUGGUGUUUGCUUCGCGUUUAUUUGUUCGGUUAUCGAUAGCUCUGCAAUUAGCUUCGCUCGGAGGUAUAUGAAUAAUCGAAUAGAUGCAAAUCAUCUCAAGUAUAUAAUAGGGGACGAUUAUUAAUUUACUCCAAUUUGAGUGGAAGAUCUGUGAAUGCCUGGAAUAAGGAGAUCUACAGGUUUGGAUAUAGCAGUGAGCCUGAAGACGUACUAACUAGUAGACUUGGUUUAACACUGCACGUUGAGCAAGAUGAGAUGGAAGAAAGUUGACGCUCGCCAGAACUUGCCAUGUCCCACAGUUUUGUGAUUGACAUAUCUUACUUUGUUUUCAUUUGUUUCUCUUUUUUCAAAUUAACUCAAUGAUGAUUCCUUCAGGACUCCCUUCAAGCAACCCUCUAUGCAGGGCUGCAGUAUUGUUAAGACUCCACUUGUGACCAUAGGCUACGAUAGUAGCUAUGAUAUAUUUCUGCUCUCUUGUCAGGCACGAGCAAUUUUCAAUGGCCUUUCCCCGGCCUCAUUGAAAGUAAGCGACAGCCAUAGAUCACCUUUGAAACAGGAAAAUCUCCCAACCAAGGAUGCUAGGGUAGACUGGGUAGUCAAGAGGAAGAAGGCUGGGCUGAGGAAAGCUAGAAAGCACCCGCAGUACUCAAAAUGUUGAAUUUAGAAUAUACACACAGCAGAUGCCAUAUAUCUGAAGUUUGUGAUUUUAUUGAACUACAAGCAAUGUCAUUCUCUAACGUAUUGGCUUUGGUUUCUCAGGAUUUCGACAUGAAAUCGUCCCCGCACUAUGGGAUAGUUAAAUGAUCAUAUGCAGACAGAAGCUCUAGAUUUUGGUGUUCAGCGAGUGUCUUCUUUGUAACAACUUGUACAAAUUCUUGUUUAGGCUGGCAUUUUCUUCUCAAAAUCUCAUGAAUAUCAUGGAAAUGAAAAUUUUCAAGAUACUAGGAUACAAUUCAUUUUUUUCUUCUUUGUACUUUGAUAUUUUUUUAUUUAUGUAUCUGCUGUUGUAUGAACUGGAAGCCAUUCAAGUUAAAUGUUGAUUAGGCAAUUGGCAUCUUCCUACAGUCUACUUCGUCUCACUGAAGGUUUAUGCUACAAAGUCGUAGAUUUUUAUGUAAUUGCAAAUAGUAAAUUUAGUUUCUGAUAGUAAGUGCAUUAAAGGGUGGAUCAAUCGCACAAGGUGUAAACUAAUCAGAUUGGAUUUUCUUUUUAGGAUUAAAAGCAAUUUUCGUCUUGUAAAUUUUGCAUUUCAGCGUUUUAGUCCUUUAUCUUUCUAGGGUAUCAAAUAGGUUAUUUAACUUUUUUAUUUAUUUGCGAUUUUGAUCAUUCAGUCGUCGAAGUUUGCAAAUAUUGCCGGAAAAAAAGCAUGUGCUAAAAAAAUGCAACAAAAAUUAUGUUCACCUCUUUCCUCUUUAUUCACUGAUAGUAAGUCUAAGCGUAAUGAGGUGGUUUGCUUCACUUCCCGUGAUCAACUGAGCUUCCCAUAUGUUCUCUACAGACUCAAAGGGUUGAUGUGCAUCAAUAUGUUUCCCGUUCCGCGUUAGAAAGGAUCUUGUUAAAGCAUUGGUCACAUUCAAAAGGCAAAGCCUUUUUUGGCCUUCUGACAGGACUAUUCAGCAGCCUCAAGCUUUCAUUUGUCUUCCUGGAUGAGGUGCUGGAUAAACAGCAAGCUUAAGCUCAUGAUUGAUUUACCGGACUGGACUUAUUUGGCAAAUUUAGCCAUCACCACGGAGAAGAAUGACUUCAGCGGAUUAGGUGAAGAGCUUAAAGGUGGAUUAGGUUGCCAGAACUUCCAACAUUAACAAACACACUCGAGACAGACUUUAUUAAAGGGACCGUUCAAAGAUCACAGUCCAAUCCAAUGUAUCAUAACCUCUGAAACUACCCCUUGAAAUAAUGUUGUGCAGGAUCAUAUAUUGCACUGCAGUUCUUUUAGCCACAGCUUCAGUUAUACUUCUGGCCUUGUUCUCACCACUACCCCACAGAAAAGCCCACAAAACUCCCCAGCUAGCCUUAUCCUUCUACAUUCAACAACCUCAAGUUGGCGGCUCCAGCAUGCACCCAGCUCCUCCUAAACCCGGGGCCUGGAUCUUCCACCGAAUGCUGACCGAGGGGCCGGAGAACACGUCCCGGGUGGUCGGAAAGGCGCAGGGUUUCAUAAUCCCGGUUGAAAGCUUUGCUUAUUCGGCCUUCAAUAUCAUUUACCUUACAUUUCAUACUCAUCAGUAUUCAGGCAGUAUUAGCAUCGAGGCAAAGAAUUUUGGGCACAAGGAAACAGAAGAACUGGCUGUAGUGGGUGGGACAGGGUCAUUUUCUUUUGCUCGUGGCCUUGCUGUUUUUGCAGAGACAAAUAGACAAACACCUAAUCUGGAUGCAACUUAUCUUAUAAAGUUGCACCUGAAGUUCCCUAAUAGAUCCCAAACAAUACCAGGAUGAGGUGAAAUAUUAGUUAAUUUGGCUGAGUUCUUUCUUGAUAGUUUUUUGAGAUCAAAUUUUCUUGAUCUUCUUUUAUUGCGUGUAAUAUUGUCGGUGGAGAUCAACCACAGGACUUGUAAUUUAUAAACCUUAAAAUAACAA